GAGAGAGAGAGAGAGAGAGAGAGAGCUUUACCGCAGUAUCACUACAUUUCUGCAUCACUCAUCAAAACUCUGCGGCAUGCUAACUAGAUCUGGGGGAGGGCAGAUACCGGUUUUGUGCUGAGUGUAGUGUCAACACCACCGUCGUUUAGUAUACAUUGACUGUAAUUAGAUACAGUAGCACGGAGCCGCCGGAUUGUUCAUCCUUUUCUUUCAAACAGCUCGUCAUUUGUGCGCUCGAUAACGACUUUCUGCAGCCUAUCUGAGUAAGAUAUUUAACAUCUCACCAAAACGCCUAUUACAUUAGGUUAUAACGCCCGGUAACAGUCCGUGGAUUAAAGAAAUCUAGCAAAAUGUCAAAGGAUGCUGAGAAGAGCACUUGGAAGGACUUCAUAUGGAACUCCAGGACGCGAGAAUUUUGUGGCAGGACAGGGAGCAGCUGGGGCCUCAUCCUGCUGUUCUACCUAGUGUUCUACAUCUUCCUAGCAGGCAUGUUCUGCCUCACCAUGUACGUCAUGCUGCAGACCUUGGAUGACCAUAAACCCACCUGGCAGGACAGGCUUGGCACACCAGGCAUGAUGAUCAGACCCAGGGGAGAGGCGAUGGAGAUCAUCUAUAACACCCACAACACUGAGAGCUGGGACAUGUACGCCAAGACCCUGGACAACUUCCUCUCCCCCUACAACAACUCUCUGCAGGCUGAGAAGAAUGAAGAGUGCACACCGGACCAGUACUUUGUUCAGGCAGACAGUGGUGAUGUGAAGAACAACCCCAAGCGCUCCUGCCAGUUCAACCGCACCUUUCUAGAAGAAUGCUCUGGCCUCGAUGACCAUACCUAUGGAUACCAGGCUGGCAAACCAUGCAUCAUCAUCAAGCUGAACCGGGUCAUUGGGAUGUUGCCAGGAAAGGAUGGCCAGGCUCCAUUUGUCACCUGUGGAGCGAAGAGGUACAAAGUUGGCAAAGAUGAAUGGAAAGAAGACUCUGAUAAGAUUGGAGAGGUGGCGUACUACCCUGAAAAUGGUACCUUCAACCUCAUGUACUACCCUUACUAUGGCAAGAAAGCUCAGGUGAACUACUCCCAGCCGCUGGUUGCCAUCAAGUUCCUCAACAUGACCCUCAAUGAAGACAUCAACAUCGAGUGCAGGAUCAUCUCCAACAACAUUCCUCCUGGGAGUGAAAGAGACAAGUUUGCUGGGAAAGUGUCUUUCAAGCUGAGGAUCAACACUAAAAACUAAAUGUACAUUCUCUUUCUCUCGCUAACAUGCCCACCCACCUCUACCUUCUGUGCACAGGUACACACACACAUACAGGGACAGAUAACAGAAUUAACACCCUCCGUUUGACGAAUAGAACAUGUUUACAACUUCCAUUUACCCUAGAUUUCGGGCAUUGUAUGUCCAGUGGAGUGAUGAUGUCAGAAUGGUGGAGUAAAAGGGUGGUAAUUCUGUCUCUGUUUCUGUGUGUGAACUUUGAUUAUUUUCUGUAAAUUAGUUUGACGUGAAGUCUAUUUAUACUGCAUGACUAACUAGGGGAUAGAGUGGACAUAAACAUGUAUGAUUUCAAAGUUUGCAAGGAGAAGCAACGCCUCUUACCAGUUUAUUGUUGCUCCUUCAUUGCUGCCUCCCUAUAGAGUGCCCCUCUAUAUACGAAUAUACACAAAAUACAAUACAAAACGUGUAUAUCUAUUUAUAUAUCAUAAUCUUAUAUCAGUAUGUCUAUUUUGUUGCACUUAAAAAUAAUCCAACAGCUAAAACAUAUGAUGAAAAAACAUAUUUUUGUGGAUGAAUGCAGAGAUGGAGUCAUUUUGCAUGUGUGUAUUGUCUUUAGUGUGCUAAGAAGGUGGGAGGCCCCAUGUCUCAGCUCUCUGCUCUGCUAUGUGUGAAUUAUAAACAAGGCAAUGUUCAACUGCUGGCCACCAGGAGGGACCACACUGCACUCUGCAGUGAUCAUCCAAUUUAACCCAUAAGAAGAUAACAUCUCCAACAUGGGGAGUUAUAGAGGUCAAGACCUUUGUCUGUGUAUGUGUGUGCGUGUGUAUGUUUGUAUGUAUGUGUGUGAGUAUGUACUGUAUGUUUGUUUGUAUGACCAAAUUCCAUUUGCAAGACAGAAUGCAUACUGUAGGUCGGGAAGUUGCAUAUGCAAUGUGCAAUAUUCAUUAAGAGUGACACAUCAUGCACAUUCUACACAUUAAACAGGACUAUUUUGUCAUAAACACUUGAAUUGCACAUAGUCAUAAAUCGGAUUAGGCUUCAAUAACAUCAAUUUACACUACGUUGUUACAUGGUUUAUGUUCACAGCUGUAUUCCUACAGCUCAAGGCGUAGGGCUAGUUUGUUUGUUCAUAGCUUUUUGCUUGUACAUCGCAUCUAUUGAUAUGCUCCUGUACAUAUCAGAAAGAGAUGCCAUUCUUCUAUUUUGUAUUGAUUUGCACUGGUUUGUGUUUUUCUUGUGAAGAGGAGAUGCUUAUGGUUCUGUGGAGAAGGAAAAAUAUAGAGAGAGUUUGUUUUGUUUCUACGUUUGUUUAAAUGUAUAUUCAAAAAUGUCGGACCAACUUCAUCAGUUGUACAUGACAUGUUACUGCUGUAAUAGUGCAUCUUAGUUUGAAGGCUGUCUCCAACCUCUCUGAGUACAUCGGCCAGAAUGUCUGGAAGGCUGGUUUGGUGAUAACGGUCAUUUGUUUGAUUUAUUUUUAUAUUGGUAGGAUUCUCUGCCAUUACAUUGCUUUAAAAAGGGUGCAACAGACCAACCAACCUUGUAGUUGGAGGCUGUACUAUAUCUAAAAGCACCUACAGUUGAGCAUGUGCAAGAGCAUUUAUGAACUUGCUCUAGCAUGAUGGUCAAUGUGCUGGCGCACAGAUGCCCUGGAUGUGCUGCUGACUUGGGGCUGGAUUCAAUCCGUAACGCUAAACUUCGGCAAUACUUAUUGAAUCCAGCCCUUGAUUAGGUACACCUAAUGAGAAAAGCCCAUCUAUCAGUUGAGGAAUCUGUGGAUCUGAGCGAGUGCUGCUGAACCUUGGCUGUGACAUUGUGGCAAUGUGACUCUGAUCCUGCUACGACGUCAUAGCGACACUUUUAGAACACUAACAUCUGUUCACUCAGUUUAAGGGUUGGGUUGACUUUUAGGGCCUGUUCUUCUCUCAGUCAGUAUAAGGUGUAUAUCAAUACAUUCUCCUUCAUUUUGGUUGAAGUUGCGCCUCAGUAAUAUCAUCAUCGUCAAGACUUGACAGUGUAAUAAUAAUCAUUAUAUAAAUAAUCGGUUUUGUUUGAUAGCUGUAUAAUACACGUUGAUGAUUGACUGAACAAAGUCAAUUCACUCCAAGCUGAACAUGCAUGUUGCAUGUGGCCUACCAAUAGUCUUUGUUUUUGACAUUGUGAAACAAUGGAGUGAACAGUGCUACUUCCUCGUUAGCAUUCCUGCUCCACUCAGUCUGCUUCGCAUGCUGAGAUUUCACUGUAAUCUCUUAAUCUGGUCAGAUAAUCCAGAGCAGGUACUCUACUUUAUCCUCUCUUUGUAGUUCCUCUUUCUUGUGUCAACCCCCACUCCCCCCAACACCACCCCCUUUCUCUCUUUUGUCCACACAAAGACACACACACACAGACACACACACAUAUAGAAUCAUCCACCCUUUCUGUUAAAAUAUGUCAGGUGAGGAAUGACUACGGUAUGUGCUUGGUUCUACAGUUAUUUUAAGGUCUAUAUUAUUAUUAACAUGUUUUUAUCCAUGUGACCCAUGUAUUGCCAUGUUGUAUCACAAUAUGUUUUGUCCCAUGAGCCCAUUCCAUUCACAAUUCAAUCUACAAGUAAAUGUGUAUCCAUGGUGUGUAUCCAUGAUGUGUGUAGCCACGCAAAUACAUGUAUGUGGAUAUAUUCCAAUUGUAAAAUGAAUGCUUUUCUUUUCUGCAUACAAUAGUAGUCCUGUCACAUUCCCUCCAACCAAAGAUAUUCAUUAUCAUUUUAACAGUAUGAAAUAAUCAUGCUGCAACUACAGACCACAGAUCUCUAAGAGAAAUGGUUUCAUUUAUGAAGGAUGAAGGAUGUCCUAUUCUUAGAUAAUGCUACACACAGAAGGAGCAGGUUUCACUAAAUGACAACAGUGCCUCCUGGUGGACAGAUUUGUUGUUCCCCAGUAUCGCCGAAUGUUAUUUAAUGUUAUCUCCAUAUAUUUGUUUUUAUAUGAUAAUUUGGAGACGUCUUAAAAAAGCAAUAUAUUUAUUUCCUGUGUUGCUGAUGAUGUAUUUAUUAUUGGAAUGGCUGUAACAACUUUAUAGUAACAUAAAUCAUCAAGAGAGUGAGGAAGAAAACAGAAAGAACAUGGAAAUAUUAUGUUCACAAAUGUUAUAUGUCUGCCAAUGCACAUCUUCAAGAUUGAACAAUAGAAACACUUAACAGUUUUGUUUUCAAAAGAGAUAAAGUAUUUUUAUUGUUAUUUUGUUGUAAAGAGGAAAUAAUGUAUUAGCUUUGGAUUGUAAUAAGACAGGGGUGCUACCUGGUAGGUGUUUGAGCUGUAAACUCUUGACUCUGGUUGAACACAUACCAAGUAUGGUUGAAUGUAGAAAACUUUUUUUUGGUUUAUUUUCAGUCUAACCCCUUCUUUUUCUAUUUUGUUUUCAACCUUGCAGUAUUGAAUGUUUGCACUGAUGAACGCUCCACUAUUUAUUUCAGAUGAACUGUGCAUGUCUUUAUAUGGGCCACAGUAUGAUGAGAUGAAGAAGGGUAUCAUCUUGGUUUGAUCAGCUACACUGAAACAGUACAAUACUCGCCUGUGACCACUGCAUGUGGCAAACUAGUGUGAACUACCUAUUUGUUUCAAACUCACUUGUGAAGACGCAAGACGCAGCUUUUCACUAAGGUCCAACCUGAAAAGAACAUAAAAAAGUUGUAUCCCUGAUUAAAGACAAUCUUGAAUCAGACAGCUUAUUCAAAACAAUCUAAGGCAGAAAUCCUUUGAAACACAUUGGGAUAGUCUCACCCAAAAAUGAAAAUGGCUGAUAAUUCUAUUCUCUUUGGAUCUUUUUUUGCUGUUAUUGUAUUUAUAUAUAUUUUUUGCUCCUGUUCAUUGUAAAAAAUGAUAGAGAAAUCAAUAAACGUGAUUGAAGGAAACACAA